AUGGAUGCAACCACCAAAUAUACUGCACUUCAUGCUUCUCCCAAUGGACCUAGCGAUAGUCGUCCCACGGCGCAACAGAUCAUCCGUGAUGAGGGUCUUCAAGGGAAGCUCUCUGGAAAGGUGAUCUUCAUCACCGGAUGUUCCUCCGGCAUUGGUAUUGAGACCGCCCGCUCGCUCGCAACCACGGGUGCAACACUAUUCCUCACCGCGCGUGAUCUGAACAAGGCUCAGGUUACCUUGGGAGAUCUUGUUCUCCGGGACAACGUUCACUUGCUCGAGUUGGACCUCAACUCCUUAGCUAGCGUUCGUAAAUGUGCUACAGUCUUCCUCGCUAAAUCUUCGACCCUCAACAUUCUUAUCAACAAUGCUGGUGUUAUGGUCCCACCCGAAGGCCGGACGGCUGACGGCUUUGAGACACAGUUUGGGACUAAUCACCUUGCCCACUUUCUCCUCGUGCAGCUGUUCAAAGACACUCUCCUUGCAUCUGCGACGGAAGAGAUGUCUUCACGCGUCAUUAUGGUCUCAUCAAGUGGACAUCGUGCGAGCGAGGUCCAACUUGACAACUACAAUUUCGCAGGAUGUUACGACCCUUUUCCGGCCUAUGGUCAGAGCAAGACCGCUAUGAUCUGGGCUGCCAAUGAGAUUGACCGUCGUUACGGAUCUCAGGGCCUGCAUGCUUUUAGCUUACAUCCAGGUAAUAUCGCUUCUGGAUUGCAGAAACACGUACCGGACGAGCUGAAGCAGCAAUGGGCACAAAUUCCCGGGCUCGAGUCGUCCGCUAAGUCUACGGAGCAGGGUGCUUCCACUACUGUCUGGGCGGCCACUGCAAAAUGCCUAGAAGGCCGAGGUGGCUUGUUUCUCGAGGAUUGUCAAAUUAUCGGACCUCUGGCAUCUGAUUCAGGACCGCUUGAUCCAGGCUAUGCUCCUUGGGUGUAUGACAGAUCGAAGGCAGAGAAGCUCUAUGACUUGUCGAUGAAGCUCGUGGCCUUCGAAUAA